AUGCCAGAAUUGAUGAUCCUGGUAAAGGGCAUGCUGGUGGCCUGCCGUUCGGUCUUUUUCACACUAAUCCUCUUACUCCUCAUCACGUUCGUAUUCAGCAUCACGUUCAUCGAGUUCAGCCGUGGCAAUGAAACUCUGGAACACGAAUACUUCUCCUCUAUGGGCACUUCUAUCCUGACGUUGAUAUUGAAAUGCAUCCUGCCGGAUCAAUCAGUCUUCUUCAACCGGAUCGCUGCGGAGAGCUGGCCUCUGGGUGCCCUCGUUUUGUUGUUCAUCUUGCUGGGAUCCUUUACAGUCAUGAACAUGCUUUUGGGCGUCCUUGUCGAGGCUGUUAAAACAGUGUCGACGAUUGAGAGAGAGCAGCUUGAUGCGGACUUUGCCAGGAAGGUUCUGUGGGAGCUCAUCGAUAAGGAAGGAGAUGAAGAUGGAGACAACCUGCUUUCGGAGAAGGAGUUUGUGAGCCUGUUGCAGAAGCCCAAGGCGGCCAAAGCCUUGAUGAGUCUGGGAGUG